AUGAGGUUUGUACCGUUCAUUGUCGUUCGUCCACUAUACCGGUUACGUUUACGUCGCGUGUAUGCGGUAAAUGCGAAGGGCGACGCGACGGCGUGCCAUCCGCAUCGUGACUUGUGGCCGACUGCCGAGCCGAGCUGUUUCGACUUCAGCCGAGAGCGGUUCGCCGGCCACCCCUCACUUUGCACCCGCCGCCCCGUCAGGCAUCAACCCCACGUCGUUACACCACGUUACACGUCGCACGGCGCCACUUGCGCGCCCAACCAUCAAUGGUAG